AUGGCUUUCAUUGUGAUCGUGGCCAUUGCGCUUGCAGCAUGGUUGUUUUGGACUGCGGUCUACAAUCUGUACCUCAGCCCCCUCGCGAAAUUUCCGGGCCCGAAAUUGGCAGCGUGUACCAAUCUGCAGAAUAUUUACUGGACUCUGACCGGACAAGAGCACUACAAAUUCAAAGAGUUACACGAUAGAUACGGGGACGUUGUUCGAACAGGACCGAGAUCCCUUGUCUAUCGAAGCCCACAGGCCUGGAAAGAUAUAUAUGGUCACCGCAAAUCCGAGGCCGGAUCCUUCCUAAAGGACCCGUCAUUUUACAUCCGUGGCCCUCGAGGUCCCAACAUAAUCAAUGCGGAUGAUGAAAACCAUUCUCGCCUACGAAGGCUUUUUUUACCCGCUUUCUCGGAAAGAGCGCUUCGAGACCAGGAAGAUUUGGUUCAGUCCUACGUCGACCUGCUCGUCCAGCGGCUCAACGGUGAAAUUUCCGCAUCUCGAUCAACCGUUGACUUAAGUCGCUGGUACAAUUUCACUACGUUCGACAUAAUCGGUGAUCUAGCCUUUGGUGAGCCAUUUGGAUGUCUUCGCGAUAGCAACUACCACCCUUGGGUGAAGAUGAUAUUCGGCAGUAUGAAACUGCUUGCAAUGCAGCGGCCUUUGGGGAUAUAUCCCUUCUUGGCACCGAUCGUGAGAAAGUUGACACCCAAAAAGCUCACAAAAAUGAGACAAGAACAUUUCGCUCUGAGCAUUGACAAGGUACAUCGCCGGCUAGCGGCAAAAACCGAGCGCCCGGACUUCAUGACUUAUGUCAUGCGCUUUGACGAUGAGAGAUCAAUGAGUACACAGGAGAUGGAGGCGAACGCAGCCGUCAUGAUCGUGGCUGGAAGUGAAACAACAGCAACUCUACUUUCUGGAUUAACGUAUUACAUGUUAGGAAAUCCCUCCGCAUACCAGAAAGCUACAAGCGAAGUCCGUGGGGCUUUCGAAUCUUAUUCGGAUAUCAAUGUUGUCGGGGUCAGUCAGUUAACUUAUCUAAACGCCGCUUUCGAAGAAGCAUUGAGAGUAUAUCCACCAGCCCCAGGUAUAAUACCUCGUGUUGUUCCAAAGGGAGGGGCAGCCAUUGACGGAGAAUUUAUUCCAGAAGGAACCUCUGUCUCUGGUGCGCAUUAUUCUACGUAUCAUGCCGCGUCCCACUUCAAACACGCAGACGCCUUUAUUCCAGAAAGAUGGCUGUAUCCCAAAGAUAAAGAGUUUGAUUCAGAUUGCCGCGCAGCCUUUCAACCAUUUUCGCUGGGACCUCGAAAUUGUAUUGGUCAAAAGUGCGCGCCCCACCCAAGAAUCACUUCCAUAAAUUUGAAACUGACAUCUUGCAGUCUCGCCUACGCGGAAAUGCGUCUAAUUGCCGCGAAGAUUCUGUGGAGCUUUGAUAUGUCCUUGGACGAAAGCUCGUCGGAGUGGAAUGUUCAGAAGUCAUACAUUGUUUGGGAAAGGAAGCCAUUGCUAGUUAAGCUUUCGCAAGUGUCGCAUAACAGGCGAGAGGGCAAUUCUUAG